CGACGCGCCUCGACGCGCGCGCGACGCCGCGACGUCGACGCGAGGCGCGAAUCGCGCGAUGUCGACGCGCGCGCGCGUUCGCGUCGAUUCGCGCGCGCUGAUGCGCGCGCGACGCGCGACGCGCGCGUCGAAUCCGCGCGGACGCGCGAUGAUUCGCGUCGCGUCGUCGUCGGCGUCGUCGGCGCGCGUGUGCGUCGUCGGCGCGCGCUCGCUCACGGGACGACUCAUCGCGGGCAUGCUCGCGCGCCGCGGCGGCGACGGCGUGGCGCUGGUGGUGGAGGACGCGGACUCGUACGUGCCGCGGGACAUGCCCGAGGACGUCUUCGAGCGACGGUUCGGGACGAGCGCGGCGGCGAUGAUGAAGUGCGCGCUGGUGAACGAAAACGACGACGAAGCGGUGGAGCGAGCGAUGCGGGCGAGCGACGUCGUGAUCGUGGCGCACGAGAGCGGGGCGAGGAGCGAGGCGGCGGCGGCGAGCGUGCGAAGGGGGGCGACGAAGGCGAAACGCGUCGUGGCGCUGUCGCGCGUGGGGGUGAAUCGUCGGGAUGAAAAUCCGUUCAAAGAACAGAAUCGACCGGUGCAAAAGAUGGUGAAGGUUGGACAGAUGAAUCUGCCGAUCGGAGGGGACGUGGAUGGAAGUAAGGGACUGUUGGAUUCGUACGCGGCGGCGGAGGCGACGCUCGAGCGCGGGGCGAAGGAGCUCGGAUACGCGUUGACGGUCGUGCGUUCGGGGCAAUUGCGCGGUAAUGGGCCGUUGUUGCUCGGAGAUUACAGCGCGCGGUUGGUCGAUAACAUGUACGACGUCAAGUUUCAAGAUUUGUACCUCAAAAGGGGCGAUACUUCCGAAGGCUACACGAAGCGGUUAAAUCUCGCGCAGUUCAUCGCCCACGUCAGCACGACGCGCGUGGACGACGCUCCGGACGAUGUGGAAGUAUUGAGCGUGGUGACGAAGACGAACUUCUUCGGCGAGCAAUCGCUGACGCCACCCACAGACCGCGAGCGAAGGAAAGGAUACGAUAUGGCCAAGGGAAAAGCGCCCGCCGCCAUCGACGUCGAAAUCAUCGACGCUUUGCUCGCCGAAAUUUAACGAUUUGCCGCUACUGU